GUUUGCAGUUGCGGACAGCAAGUAGAAAGUCAGGUCAUUCAGGACCGAUUUGUUCUGAAGAAGGUGUGUUCAGAACCCUGCCCUGCUGAGACGCUUCUUUACUGUGCAGCGUAACAACAUACUUCUUUCCUCCGUCUCAGAGCAAGCGUCAGCCAUGGCCUCAGGUGUAGCCAUCAGUGAUGAGGUGGUACGUAAUUAUGAUUUAAUCCGGGUGCGUCAAGCGGGAACUGAGGCAGGGGAAAGGUUAAAACUUCUGGUCAUGUGUUUGAGCAAAGACCAAAAGAGCAUCAUAGUGGAUGACGCAAACUGCCUGAAAGUCAAAGAUGUGGGGAAAACGGAUGUCUUAAAGAAGAUCCUCAGUAAGAUCCCCACCGAUGAGUGCCGCUACGCCCUGUACGACUGCUCUUAUGUGAGCAAGGAGAGCGUGAAGGAGGACCUAGUCUUCAUCUUAUCUGCCCCUGAAACCGCCUCCUUAAAGAGCAAAAUGGUCUAUGCAAGCUCAAAGGCUGCUCUUAAAGCCAAAAUGCCAGGUUUGAAAUUUGAGUGGCAAAUUAAUGAACCUACAGACAGAGAUGUAUCAUGUCUUGUGGAGAAACUUGGUGGAAAGGAUACAGUAAAAUCUUUGGAGGGGAUCCCUGUGUAAAAUGAGACUAAUCAGACCAAUGACCCAACAGCCCCCUUAUCAAGUCUGUUAGUCAAAAUGAAAAAUUUGACCAAAUAAUAAUAUAUUUUCUUUUCCAAGUAUGCUAGUAAACUUUGUAUUUCAUUGGAACCAGUAUUUGUCUUCUGAACAAGUGUGAACAACUCCUAUUUAUCCAUUUACAAUUAAUGAUCAUUAUUAAACAAAUACCAACACUUUUUAGUAACAAACCAUCAAAUAUAGUAUAAUGACAGCAGAAAAUCCUGUGUUAGAAAUCACAAUGGGACUGUGUAACCUAAAGCAACUGUGUACUUGAAAAAUAAAAUCUUGUGACUUUCAAAAACUUUUA